CCAAUUAUUGCAGGGAGGAGCGUUUAGGAGCUAAACAAGUUGUCCGUGUCCUCAACUCUGACCUGACCAUCACGUCACUAAAAGACUCCAACAUUCAUCGGUUCCAGUAUGACCACUGCUUCUGGUCUUUUGAUGACAUCCAAGCCUCUUUUGCUGAUCAGAAAAUAGUGUAUAAUGAGAUAGCUAGACCACUGCUGGAUAAAGCUUUUGAAGGAUAUAACACUUGUCUCUUUGCUUAUGGACAGACUGGCUCAGGCAAAAGUUACUGCAUAAUGGGUGAGCCCUCAGCUCUUGGUGUCAUACCACAGUUUGCUAAUGAACUCUAUGAUCGUAUUGAAGGGACUGCUGAUGAAGAAACUUCAUAUAAAGUUGAGGUCAGUUAUUAUGAGAUAUACAAGGAAAGGAUUCAUGAUCUCCUGGCAUCAACCAAACACAAGAGCAAAACUCAUUUAAGAGUUAGAGAACAUCCAGUAACAGGUCCCUAUGUUGAAGACUUAUCAACAUAUGUUGCAUCUUCAUUUGCUGAUGUUGAGCGAUGGCUGGCACUGGGUAACAGGUUCCGAGCCACAGCUGCCACUGGAAUGAAUGACAGGAGCUCUCGCUCUCACUCAGUCUUCACACUAGUACUCACCCAGACUAAGAUUAUUGAAGGUGAGGAUCACACUCGCGUUAGUCGUAUCAAUCUCAUUGAUUUGGCUGGGAGUGAGAGAUCAGCCAUUUCAAUGACAUCUGGGGAAAGAUUAAAGGUCAACAAUCACUGAUACUUGUUUGAUACUAAUACUAAAAUUGAGCUUGAUUAUU